AUGGUUGAAGUAUGUUUUUACGAAAUUCUACAAUAAAAACGUGAAGAAGAACUACCGUAAGCGUGUGAUAUUAUGAACUUUCCGUCCUGACGUGUUUUUGUUUUACAGCAGCGAUUUGAAAAUUUGUGUCACAUUCAACCGGACAGUGUGCUUUCACUAAUCUCUGGUCACUAAUGAAAGCUAAUUAUGAAAAGGAAGGGGCCCAAGACAAAGCUAGGUAUAGCCAGACAGCACCUCCUGGACAAGUACAGUGAUCUACCAUCUCCUCAUUUGAUCCAAAAUGGACACAUUCUCUUUCUUUAUGUCACAGCAAACUCCAGCAGAGCUGCAACUGCAAAAGAAAUAAUCAGAUACAUACCAGAAAUGACUAAAGAGCAUGCAAAAAAUAAAGUGAAGCUACUUGUUCAAAAAACUUUAAAAAAAUACAGAAAACUAACUAAUGAGCAAGAAUUCAGUCAGUUUAAAGGGUUAUGUAGCCGAAAAUUUUGUGAAAACUUCACUUCCACCACAGCUCCCUGCGCAAAGUCUCCUUCUGCUGAACAACAAGUUCCAAAACUUAGUCCUUUAAAGACAAGACAGGUUGCUAGAGCCAAAUGUCCUUCUUGUACCAGAUAUAAGGAGUCUCUGAAAAACAUGAGGCAGAGACUUCUGUGGAUACGGAGAAGCAAGUACCUGGCAAUUAAGACACUUGUAGCAAGGCAGAAAAAGAAGGGAGUGAUAAGGAUACUUCAUCAGAAACUGAAAAGGAAAGAAAAGCAAAUAUCCGACUUGAAGAAACUGUUGAAAUCACAAACUGAAACUUUUUUUAAAUUAAAAAAACAAUAUAAAGUGAAAGCAAGAAGUCAUAUGCACCUGAAGAAAUCCCUUACAAACAUGAGACAAGAGGUCAAAUCAAAUUCAGCUGAUGAUCUGGAUAAAAGAUGCUGCAAGUUAGAAGAAAGAAGUAUUUCAAUGAACAGUGAGAUUCAUGAUCUUCAAUUCAAAAACCUUCUUUUGGAAGAAAAAAUCCAGGAUUUGGAAAGUGAAAAAAAGCUUACAAAAACAGACGCAAAGUUAUACUCAAAUAAAAUGCGUUUGAUGGUCUUUGACGCAAUAUCCAAUCAGGUGCCUACUGCUAACAUCCAGAAUUUGAUUACAAAGUUUGGGCUGCGCUUCAGCAUUAGUUUAAGUGAUGUGCCAAAAAGAGCUACUGUGGAAGCCAUGACCAGAGAAUUGGGAGCAAUAAGUGACCUCCAGACUGCUGAAGCACUUUUAGCAAACACACACACUACCCUGGGUUUUGAUGCAACCACACAGGAGGGAAUCCACUUGAACAGCAUACAUUUCACCACCAAAGAGAACUGUUAUGUUGUUGCUGUAGAUGAACUUCCAGGAGGCUCUGCUGAGGAUUACCAGAUCCAUAUUUGUGACUCCAUCAGUAACCUUGCCAAUGUGUACUGUCAUUUUUUUGAGGCAGACUACGAAAACAUUCUAAAAAAAAUGAUAGGGAAUAUAUCAAACACGCUCACUGACCGCUGUGCUGCCAAUCAUGCAGCCAUUCGAUUAGUCUGUGCAUCUUGGAACAAGGCCCUGAAUGAGCUGAAUUGCAACCUUCAUCCUCUGGAAACAAUCGCUUCAAAAACAAAGAGUGCUCUGAAGGAGAUUGAGAAAUCCAUGGGGAUUACUGGGAAAAUCAAGGGGAAAGACUGCAUUGGGGCCAACAUUGUGGUUCAAAUAAAUAAGAUGAGGUACAUGGAUGGCAAGGGCGACCCUCGUGGCUUUAAGGUCUUUCUGGAUCACAACAAUCUCCCUCUCGGCCUCAUACCACGCUACAGAGGUAAUAGACUGCACAUUCUUUUCCAUAUAUGUGGGAUAUUCUCAAGUCAUCAUGCAGCACUAAACUCAUAUCUCUCUGGAGGAACAUCCUGUGGAGGUCUGCGUGCUAGCAUACUGGAAGACUUCAACUCUACAGCCGGACAGGUUGAAAUGCAAGUUCUGGGUUUGCUUGGGAAAUUUCUGACUGGACCCUGGAUGACCAAAUUCUACACUUGUGCUGAUGACCAAACUGAUUACAAUACAUGCAUUGAAAUUGUCAAAGAGACCGUGCAGAACCUGAAAGAUCAACUACACUCACCUGCUGAAUUCCUAACUCGCACAACAGACCUCUUUGGAAAUCAGUUGAAUGCUUCAGACAAAAUCAUUAAGAAAUUGCAACAACCACCAAAAGACACACUCAUGUUCACUCAAAUGAUGGAAAGCUGUCUGAGAGCAGUCAUUUUAGUACUUGAAAGGCAGUAUCAACAAUACUUUGUUGAUACAUGGACAGUGACGGAGAAACUAAAAGAAGAGACAGCCUCUGCAAGAUCACAUAACAUGGAUGCUGAAGAGCUGAUGGGGAUGUUUAGUGCGCUGAAGAAGAAAGCUCCAAAUGCCACCAUCUGCUACUUGUCCUGUAAAAUGCGAGCACGGAAAAACAACACUGUGGAUUAUUUGGACAGUUUAGACGAGGAAAAACAAGAGCUGAUCAUCAGGAAAGCAGUGAGGCUGGGGGUCAUACAAAGAAGAAAGAGGAGGAAGAAGCAAGGAGAGCUACAGGAGGAAUUGCACAGACGCCAAGCUACAAAAGAAAGGAAGAGAAGUGAACAAGAACGGAAAGUGUUAGAGAAAAAGUUUGAAGAAUUAGGUGCAGACAAGAUUGAAGAAGCAUUUCCAGAAAUCCCAGAAGAAAAAAUUAGCUUGAUCAACGAGUUGUUGUGUGGUAGAGGGGUGGGGGCAUUUAUAUGUCAUGCAUGGGAUUUGGGUGGCAGCAGGGUAAUUUUCAAUGGGAAAAUCGAAACUUUCCAUGCCAAAAAAAAGAAAUACACUGUUGGCUAUUGGGCCCUGAGCGGAGAGGGGUAUGAAUUUGAUGCACAUGACACUGAUGUGUCCAUGUAUGCGAUGGCAGCAGAUGUCAUCUUGGAUGACUUGGUUGUACAAUAGCCUGUUAUCAACUCAGCCAGCAGUUGCAGCCUGUAUAUUUCUCAUAAUGAUCAUUCAUUGUUAUGAAAAAAUAAAUAUGAAUGUUUAUUCGCAUUUUCAGGGUGUAUAAAUAUGAAUUAAUA